AUGUCGUCGCUCUGGGAUACUCUUUCCGGUCGCAAGUCCUCUCAGAAGGAUGCCGGCGCUCCUCAGACCUCUCCCGCCGCCCAAGAACCCACAACCACCUUCAACAGCCCGCCCGCGACCACCACCCAGUUCGACCCUUCAGCAGGAUCUGGCGUCGAGUCUUUCCUCCAAAGUUCCGCCUUCGCCGACCCGGCGCAACUACACCCCCUCUCUGGCCUGAACAAGGACACGCUCGAAUAUCUCUCCCUCGAAGAUGCGACCCUGGCUGACGCCCCUGGCCAGUCUGUCCUCCCCUCUCGAGGCUUCACCGAUGACCUUUGCUACGGAACCGGUGUCACAUACUUGGCGGCCCUGUCGAUAGGAGGCGCCUGGGGUCUGCAGGAGGGCCUGAGAAGGUCCGCCAACCAGCCGCCGAAGCUGCGCCUCAACUCGGUGCUCAACGCCGUCACCCGCCGUGGUCCCUUCCUCGGUAACUCGGCCGGUGUCGUAGCCAUCACCUACAACCUGUUCAACUCUGGUAUCGGCUACUUCAGAGGGAAGCACGACGCCGCCAACACCAUCUUGGCCGGCGCGCUCAGCGGAAUGGUUUUCAAGAGCACACGGGGUGUGCGGCCCAUGCUGAUCUCCGGUGGUAUCGUGGCCUCCGUGGCUGGUACCUGGGCUGUUAUUCGCAGCACCUUCUUUUCCGCCCCCGAGCCUGCGCACUCCGAGCGAGCCACCUUGUAA